UGGCAUGGGCAGGCAGGCAGGCAGGCGGGCCUGUCCUCCCAGCUCCCUCUCCCACCCACACGCUCAAGCGAAUUGGGGAGCGGGAGGGCGGGGCUGAGGCUGAGGCUGAGCAGCUGAAUCAUUGGGUCCCCUUGUGAUGUGGUGUGGGAAGCGGAGGAGGAGGAGGAGGAGGAGGAGUAGUAGUAGGGAGAGGGCGUGAUCAUAGUUUGCCGAGACGGGUUUGCUGUGGUUUGGGUGUUGUGAUUGUCGUUUUGGGGCUUCGCGAGAUGACGUUGACGCUGUUGGAGCUCCUGGGCAGCGCGGGGCAGGUGGAGGAUGGCGCUGCGAGGGUGGACGUGGAGAGCUCGUGGUGCACGGCGGUGCGGAGGCUGAAUCCGUCGAUGGCGACGCCGUCGGAGCCCCCGUCGAAGAAAGGGGUUGCGAAGAAGCCACACGGUGUUGCGGACACUUAUUUCGAGGAUUUGAUGAUGAGGGAGAGCGGGGCGUGGCAAAUGCGGUGUCCGAAUGCCGAGGAGGACCGGGUUGUGGCGGAGCUGAAAAAGAAAUUGGGGAAUCUCGGGGAUUUCUCGAAGGAGGAAUUCGUGGCCAUGACGAGGCCUGUGUUGGAGAGUGCUGCGAGGGCGGAUGGGAACGCGGAGGGGGCGAAAGCGUCGGGGCGAGACGACGAGGCGAUGGAGGUGGCCGAUGCGGAAUUCUCGUAUUUGAGGGUGUUGAGGAAAGUGGGGCCUCACAUUGGUAGGAAGCUGUUGGCUUCAAUCGUGAGGUGCAGUUUAGGGCUGCAGUUCUGGGGCGCUCUGAAGGUUUUGCUGGAGUUGGGUCUGGUCACCAGCGCGUCCCAUCCGGACUUGGUUCAGAAGCUAGUGGAGCACAGGAAGGCGGAUUUUCUUUGCUUGUGCUUUUAUCAUGUGCUGGACCUCACCCCGUCCGACCUCAUGAUCGGACUGAAGUUUUUACUGGAGAUAACCCCUGCGUCCGGGAGGUCGUUCGAAGUCGUGCGGCAGGGGUGGCGAAGAGCAGCGUGUGAUGCCAUAGACCUCGCUGCCAGAAGAAAAGAGAAUGUCCGGAUGAGUGAGUAUCGUUUGCGAGAUGCAUUGGGCAUUGUUCCGGCAGAGGGAGAGGGUGCUUCAGGAGCAGCGGCAGCGAGUGAGCGUGAGAAACGAAAAUACGAGAAAUUGGUGAGCAGGAAAAAUGUAGCCGUAGCUUAUGCCGUCGCAAUGGCAGUGGCAGUGGAUGGUUUCGAAGGGUGGGAAACCUGUCUUCACGCAUUGGUAGCCUCCGGGCAAGACGAGGCGGUUUUAGCAGCAAUCGUGGCGGAGCUGGACACGUCGGAGGCGGUGCAGCUUCUGCAGUACGUGCGCAAAUGGCUGGAUCGAUAUUCCGGUCGGCUGUGCAGCAAUCCAUUGCCGAGGGGCGAGUCUAUGGAUUCAAUUUACAGAGUUCCGUCGUCGCAGCAGGUGCUUCAAUGGGUGAGCAUGGUGUUAGACGGACAGUAUACAAAAUGCGUACUGUCGCCGAAGUUUCUACCGGAGUUGAGAGCUAUACAGGGUUCGGUUCAGUCCGUGGUGGCAAUCGGUAGAAAGUUGACGCCGUUGUUAGGGGUGGUGGAGCAUCUCAGGGCUAUGCAUGCCCUGCCUGCUCGUGGACAGGACAGUGUCGCAAAUGCAGACUACACAAUAGAGUAUCUUGAUAUCAGUUGAUAUCGCGAAAUUUUGAUGCUUAACGUAGAUCAAUUGGAUUCUUUGAGAUUUCUAGGUUUUACCCUGUGUCCAUCGUGUGCUGGUAGUCAGGAGCUGUGCUUGCCAGAGGGCUCUGUUGGAUGCAUCAACGUGAGGAUGACUGUGGAGCUGUGCACUAUUAGUUUCGAAUUCAUGUCCGGGACCAGCUUCUGCUUCCUCUUCUUCGUUAUCGUCCUCACCCUGAUUUGAAUUUGAAUCUACAAGUGGGUCCUCUUCAGAGUCCUGCUCACUCCCUUCUUGGUUUAUAGUUUUCACAUUAAUAAAUUUGAAGGUGAUUUUGCUCCC